AUGUCGAGGUUGAUGCAGGCGUUGCAGCGGGCCAAGGAGGCCUUCCUGAGCGGCAGGACUCGGCCUGUGGAGUUCAGACUGCAGCAGCUCCAUGCCCUGCAGAGGAUGAUCACUGAGAAAGAGACCGAGAUCUCCACUGCUCUCAAACAGGACAUCAACAGGAGCCAGUACGACACACCGCUCCUGGAGCUGAUUGGCAUUGAGAACGAGAUCAACCUGGCUAUAGAGAAACUAGCAGAGUGGGCUGCACCUCGGCCGGUAGAGAGGACCCUCUUCACUGUGUCAGAUGAGGUUUAUAUCCAACCUGAGCCCCUGGGAGUGGUACUCAUCAUUGGAGCCUGGAACUACCCCUGGGCCCUCACCUUGCUGCCCCUGGUUGGAGCUAUUGCUGCUGGCAACGCUGCGGUGGUGAAGCCGUCAGAGCUCAGCGAGUACUCGUCCCUCCUCCUCCGGGCGCUGCUGCCUCGCUAUCUGGACAAGGAGCUGUACCCUGUGGUGACAGGUGGAGUGUCAGAGACCCAGGAGCUGCUGAGGCUGAGGUUUGACCAUGUCUUCUACACAGGAAAUAGCACAGUGGGUAAACUGGUGAUGGAGGCUGCUGCUCGUCAUCUCACCCCGGUAACGCUGGAGCUGGGAGGGAAGAGCCCCUGCUACAUCGACAAGAACUGUGACAUCAGAAUCGCCUGCCGUCGUGUCACAUGGGGAAAGUUCAUCAACUGUGGUCAGACAUGCAUCGCUCCAGACUACAUCCUGUGUGAGCCAUGCAUUCAGGGCCGUGUGGUGGAAUGCAUCCGACAAACUCUACUGGAAUUUUAUGGCGCUGAUCCCAAAUGCUCACCUGACUACGGCCGCAUCAUCAACCAGCGUCACUUCAACAGGAUCAUGAGUCUGAUGGAGGGUUACACUCCUGUGGUGGGAGGACAGAGUGAUUCCUCACAGCGGUACAUUGCCCCCACAGUGCUGAAGGACGUGCCCCCCCACUCCAGGCUGAUGCAGGAGGAGAUCUUUGGUCCUGUGCUGCCCAUAGUGACUGUAAGUGACAUGGAGGAUGCCAUCAACUUCAUCAACGAGCGAGAGAAACCUCUGGCCCUCUACAUCUUCUGCUCUGACAAGAAGGCCAUAAAAAGAAUGAUUGAGGAGACCACGAGUGGAGGAGUGACGGUGAACGAUGUUAUGAUGCACUACACGCUCAGCUCCCUCCCAUUUGGUGGUGUUGGUCAGAGUGGUAUGGGUCGCUACCACGGCAAACACAGCUUCGACCAGCUGAGCCACCAGAGGGCGUGCCUGGUCCGCUCGCUGGGCAUGGAGAGUGUCAACCUGGCCCGGUACCCGCCUCAGGACCGCAGACGGGCUCGCAGGGUGCGGAUGGCCCUCAGGUCACCCAUGAUCGACAUGUCCAAGAGGACGUUCAUCUGGGCCGUCAGUGUCACCGUCCUCGCCUUCGGACUGUUAAUCACCCUGCUGGUCAUCCUGCUCAUAGCUGCAGGCCUCAACUGUACCUGCUGGUACUGGAGAGGCUUUUAUAACUAGAGACACUGCAGCCUUCCUUUGUAAACAUACUCUGACCAAAGAAGAAGUGCCUGCUGCAAUGAUUUUCAUGUUGAGAACACAUCUGAAUCCUGUUCUGAAUCCAUAUAUUUUAGAGAGGAUAACCCUUAAUUCUAACUCUUAUUGACUGUGUGUCUAUUUUUGUCAGACUUUAGCGAAGAGACAAACAUGGUUAAAUAGUG